CCGCGCAAAAUCGCCAAAAUCACUCGCAAGUCGACGCGAAUCGGACCGUUUUUUUCCUUCACACGCGUGUUCCGCGAAAAAAAAAACCCCGUCGAAAUCUCUGCCGAACCAUGGAACGCUUCGCUUACCCGCAGAUUCGUGCCAAUUUCUGCCAGCCGGACCUUCCGUCGGAACUGCUGGCGCACAUUUUUCGUUACCUGUCCGGGAACGCGCUGUGCCAAGUGCGGCUCGUUUGUCUGCACUGGCGGUUUGUCGUGAGCGCCUACCGGGCCUUGGCGGACCGACUCGCGCUCCGGCUGAUACGAGACGAUGCCAAGGACAGCCACUGGAUGGGCCAGAACUUCCAGCCCCCACCGCUGGUUCCUGUUUCGUCGUUUGCGUUCGUCAACUGGGGCAUCGAGGGCGUCGACUGGUGGUGGCCGGAUUUCGGCCGGAAGUUGACGGUGCUUUCGAUGGCGUGGUGCACCGUUCGGUUCGAGGUGUUCGUGGCGAUGCUGCGGGCGACGCCGAAUUUGAAGUGUUUGGAACUGGACGUUGUGUUGUUCGAGGGGAGCUGGCCCGUGGCGCAGGACUUCCGGCUGGAGCACAUGGAGCAGCUUUGGUUAAAACGAGUGUACUGUGAAGUGUUUAACGUUGACGACGUUGUCGAGGUGCUGACGGUGAUGUGCCCUCGGGUGAAGGACUUUGCGAUGCGGGUGCCGGCCGGGUUAGAGGUUCUUCAAAAAGUUAUGCGACGAUUUGAAACUACGCUGGAAAAGUUUCAGGUGAAGGUGAAGCGGGACGAGGACGAUCCAAUGGGCUACCUCGUUGCGGAACGCCCUGCGGAGAAUUUGGUGGCGGACAUGUGCGAGCUUAAGGGACUGCACUUGAAGCGGGUCUCGUUGGACGCGUCCGAGCCGUUCGACGAAGAGGACUGGACGCGGCUGAUCCAGGCUCAGCCCGGUAUCGAGGAGUUGGUAUUGUUCGUGGAUCUUUCGUGGGUUUUGGGACGGAUUGCCGAGCUCGCGCCAAAGCUCCGAGUGUUGGUGCUCCAUCCAACGUGUAUUAUGAACUUGCACUGUCUCAACUGUUUCCAGCAGCUCGAGUUUCUGGAGGUACACGGGUACAACUUGGGCAGCAGUCCGAUCCGCGAUGGUUUGUUUCACCCGCGGCUCAAGAAGCUGCACUUGCGGUCCGUUCAUCUCGAACGCUUCAUCAGUAUCUGCAGCAAUGUACGCUCCUCGAGCACAUCCAGCUCGAAGACUGUCGCUUUGGGAAUCGGGUCAUCGCCUCAACGACGUUCCCCAACCUGCGAACACUCGCCCUGAACAAUUGCAACGUCGAUCAACAGGUCCUGCUGUUCCUCUUCAACGGCUGCCCACGGCUUGAGCAGGUGCGCCUGUCCCGCAUGGCCCACGUCGACAA